AUCAUACUCUGUUCUCUCUUACAAUGGCGGUUUUACAAUUUAUUGUUUCGAUCUUUAUUGCAUAUUUUUGUAUCGGUGAGACCAUGGUCAUCCGUGAGCCUACCAGGGCCAAAUUGGACAUCACACAGCAGUCAUCAACAUCUGACAUCUGUUCAGACUGCAGCCAGAUCAUUGAGCUAUUCACAGACAUGAUCUCCAACACAGACACCCAGGAGCUGAUCAACAGCACCCUGGAUGACCUGUGUCUGCACCUCCCCGGAGGUGUGGCUCAAAGCCACUGUGUAUCCCAGGUUCAGAUGUACCUGCCCCAAGCCCUCCAGUACCUCAUUGGCAUACUGAAGCCAGGUGAGACAUGUAUGGUAUUGGGACUGUGUGCUGUCCACUCAAAGAGGGGAGCACCUAAACAGCUUUCUCCUACCAUCACUGACAUGGACCUGUCCAACGCUGUCCUUGACUCAGGCACCAACCCAGAGGUGCAGGUCAGCCCACAAUGUACCUUCUGUGUUUAUCUCAUGAAGAAACUGGAGAGCGUUUUGCCUACGGAUAAGAUUGAGGAUGCCAUAGUGAAGCUAAUGGGAGGUGUGUGUGGCCUUCUGCCUGCCAGCUACAAGGACCAGUGCAAUGACUUCAUCAACAAGUAUGGCAAGAAGAUAGUUAACUUCCUGCUGCCGUCAGCCGCCCCUUACUCCAUCUGUGCCCUGCUGCACCUGUUCCAGGAGACCAACAGCAUGGAGAUGCUCCUAUCCUCUGACUGUGAUUCCUGCCGUACGAUGGCGGUUCUGAGCCGGUUCCACCUGGGUCUCAACGCCACUGAAUCUCAGACCUCCUCUUUCCUCCAGUCUGUCUGCCUGAAGCACCCCAACACCAUCCCCAAGUGUGAAAUGUUCACCAAACUCUAUGGCCCCAGGCUGCAGAAGGUUCUGGGAAGCCAUAUGGAUGCAUGUGAGAGAGCUGAUGUGUGUGUUGUUGUGAAAGAGCAGCAUCUUCUGAGGAAGAACCAGUGUACCUGGGGACCCAUUUACAUCUGCAGGGAUGUGAAAACCUCUCAGGAGUGUGGCAUGGUAGACUUCUGCCAGAAGGUCAUGAGGAACUAGAGCUGAAAACCACACCCAGAGAUCUCCCUUCAUGGAUGAAGCUAUGAUGAAUUAUCUGCAUUUAUUAACUGCUAAGUGUGUUUAAGAAUGUAACUUGUUAAUGACUGCACUGUUGCCUUAAUUUUUCUGUACAUUUAAUUUAACAGGUAUUAUAUUGCACUGUUGAGCAAUUUGAGAAA